AUGGCCCGCUCUGUGGAUCGCCUCCAAGUCGAUGGUAUCCAGAGAUCGAACAGGGAGAUUGUCGCCGGCGGUAAAUACGAUGUGUAUUCAGUAGUUGCUCGAAAUCUAUUCCACGCCGUAAUGGGCAAGGUCGCAGACAUGCCCAGCAAUAAUAGCUUUGGGAAACUUGACUUGCAAGGUUUUGGUACUUUCCUAGACUCGGGAAACAUUCGAAGAUGCGAUGUGCACCUUUGCAUGCUCGGGGAGGGCCUUUUCUGCAACUCCAUAGUUAAUUCCAGAACAGCCGCCGAUGACAAGAACCGUGAAAUCUCUGAUUGA